CACAAUCGAUACAUGAUACAUCUUUGUAUUGAUUCUUUUCAAAUUGGUCAGUCUUAAAUAAACACAAGUGUUUUUCAAUGUAGAAAUAUCAAAAAUAAAUAUAAUUGACGUUGUUUGUGUAAUGAAUAUUAUCUAUAUACUAUUUAUAAUACCUCUUGUUUCACGCAUAUCAAUUGUAUACAUAAAUAUCAUAUUACUAAUAAAAACAGGAGUUUGAAAAUAAACAUUCUUAAUCCUGUUUUUCAUAUAUUGUAAUACCGAAAUUGUUCCGUAGUAAUUGUAUUACGAUUUAGUACUCAACUAGACAUCCGAGCUAUCGCUUUAAGUUAGGUUAAGUUGAUCUGUAUAUUUAUAUAUAUAUUACAUAUAUACAUUCAAAUAAAUGUUAGGUUAUACGAAAUCAUCAUUACUUAAAUAUUGCAUUGUUAGCGAUGUUAGGCGAUACACCAGGAUUAAAUUAAUGUAAUAUUAUGUAAUUUACAACUCGUAAUGAGUUAUACAAAUAUUUUGUGUACUUUAAAAUGGAUGAUGCAGAAGUAAUAGAGCACUUCUUUGGUGUUUAUUUGCUGUAUUGUAAGAACCCAAAGUAUGUUGGAAAGACAUACAUAGGAUAUACAGUUAAUCCUCGACGUAGGCUUGUACAGCAUAAUGCUGGGAAUGAAUUUGGAGGAGCUCGUAAAACAAGUAAGAGGGGACCAUGGAACAUGGUGUUGAUCGUUCAUGGGUUUCCAAAUAAUACAUCUGCACUCAGGUUUGAAUGGGCAUGGCAGAAUCCUCAACGUAGUCGACGUCUGAAACAUGUACCUCGCAAGAAGCACAACCAGAAAGUGUUCUUAUAUCAUCUGUUGGUUUUAACAGAAAUGUUAAAAGUUGGCCCUUGGUGUCGUUUACCUUUAACAGUACGCUGGUUAGACUAUGAAUUUUAUGAAAAAUAUUCUAGUUAUGUCUCAGCUCCAAUGCAUAUGCCUAUAUGUUGUGGAAAAGUAACUUCUAAGAAGAUUAAGAAGAAACUUAAAGAAGCUUUAGUUAAUGAAAUAGAAACUCAAGGUAUAUCUCCCAUAUUUUGUUCUAUAUGUAGUUUAUUUUUAGAAGAAAAAGAAUUAGUUAGUUGUAUAAAACCUAAUUGUCCUUUGGUAGCUCAUUUAAUUUGCUUAGCACAUGUAUUUUGCAAAGAUGAUAUGAUUAUACCAGUUGGUGGUACUUGUCCUGCUUGUAAUACCGAUGUUCUAUGGGGAGAUUUAAUUAGGAAAAAAGUUGGCUGUUACAAAAAUCUUAAAGAAGUCUCCUCCAGUGAUGAUGGUGAGGACACAUAAA